UGCCGCAGCCAUAUUUUGGUGCUUCCUGUCGUCCUGUAUGGGCCUGUCUCUUCGUCAAUUUGGAGCCAACCUCUGGGAGUACUCUGUUUUGAGCUCAAGGACUGCAGCGAGAGGGCCACAGAGCAUGAGGCGACGAAAUCAUACGUUUGGUGAAGAAGAGGUCUGGGAGAUGGAGUACAGGGGGCGGAGUGGAUGAUUUCGGACAUUAUCCUGUUCAAAAGGGCGAUAAUAAUUAUUUGAGCAUGAUCUGCGUCCCGGAAACAUGCAUUCCCUGGUUGGUUCUGUUUGGUCCCAUGGGGGUAUAUAUACGAGCCUCGCUGCACCUACUGGUGACGCUUCCCAGGAUGAAACUGGCUUCCCAAGUUCCUCGAGCAGUCACCAUAUAGCGUCGCGGCGUGGCUCCUUCAACAUAGCUAGGUCAGACGCGGAAAGUGUUGUGCAGAAGCGCGACGGCCUUAUCGGUGCCCUCGUUGGUCUCUUCGUUGAUCUCGUUGCUCUCCUUACUUCGCUUGCCGGAAAGACCUGUUCAUCUCCGAGCGCGGCAUCAGCAGAGACGGUGGAGGGAUCGACUGACAGCGAUCGAUCUGCAUCAGCCGCUGCAGAUUUGAAGGACAACGCCCAGUCAGCCUCGCAGGUGCCCGCCUGCUCCACCCCCUCUGCCCUCCCCAUGCCGAGAUGUUCCUGGCAGUAUUCGUGGUCGUUCGUUGCCGCCAAGGGCUGUUUCUGCAGAUGGCGACCAGAAUCCGUCGAAUCCCCCUUCAUCUGCCCCAUCAGAGCCAUCCAAGGGGGGCGGACGACCCUAACGGUCAUUCAGCUCUAGAGACACUCAUUUAUUUUACAUACCCUACCUAAAAUUAAUAUUGUUAUUCGCGCG